GGGGCGGGCGAGCGCUGAGCCGGCGCUGGUCUGGGAGCCGGAUUUGGAGCGCGGCGCCGGCGGGGGCCGGAGGGGGCGGCGCGGCGGACCUCGGUGGCCUCGGACGCUCCUCCUCGUGAGCGGCCGCCGCCCGCCUCCGCCUGCGCUAGCAGCUCCCUCGCCCCGGCCGGCACCGGCUGCCGCUCCAGGCCGCUCACCUGGGACGCGCUUACCUGGGACGCGGUGCCCGCCGCCCGCACUUGGGCCAGGAUGAAGGACCGGCUGGAGCAACUGAAGGCCAAGCAGCUGACACAGGAUGACGACACAGACGACGUUGAGAUUGCUAUCGACAAUACAGCCUUCAUGGAUGAGUUCUUUUCUGAGAUUGAGGAAACUCGACUCAACAUUGACAAGAUCUCAGAGAGUGUGGAGGAAGCUAAGAAACUCUACAGUAUCAUUCUGUCUGCACCGAUUCCAGAGCCAAAAACCAAAGAUGACCUUGAACAGCUCACAACUGAGAUCAAGAAGAGGGCCAACAAUGUCCGGAACAAGCUGAAGAGUAUGGAGAAGCAUAUUGAAGAAGAUGAGGUCCGGUCCUCAGCAGACCUUAGGAUCCGAAAGUCCCAGCAUUCUGUCCUCUCCCGGAAGUUUGUGGAGGUGAUGACAAAAUACAACGAGGCUCAGGUGGACUUCCGUGAACGAAGCAAAGGGCGCAUCCAGCGGCAGCUUGAAAUUACUGGCAAGAAGACAACAGAUGAGGAGCUGGAAGAGAUGUUGGAGAGUGGUAACCCUUCCAUCUUCACUUCCGGGAUCAUCGACUCGCAGAUUUCCAAGCAAGCCCUCAGUGAGAUUGAGGGUCGGCACAAGGAUAUCGUGAGGCUGGAGAGCAGCAUCAAGGAGCUCCAUGACAUGUUUAUGGACAUCGCCAUGCUGGUGGAGAAUCAGGGUGAGAUGUUAGAUAACAUAGAGUUAAAUGUCAUGCACACCGUGGACCAUGUGGAGAAGGCACGGGAUGAAACCAAAAAAGCCAUGAAGUAUCAGAGUCAGGCUCGGAAGGGAGCCAUGAUUGACCGUAUUGAGAGCAACAUGGACCAGUCAGUGGGCUUUGUGGAGCGGGCUGUGGCAGAUACCAAAAAGGCUGUCAAGUAUCAGAGUGAAGCCCGGAGGAACCUGAUUUCACUCCAGCUUGGCCUGACCACUCUUGUCUCCAGAUGGGAAUGGAGUCCUAACGGCCUUUCUGAGAACGAGGGCACCUGUUCCUUUAUUUCCCUGUAACUGCCCUUGGACCUGGCUCAGCAACCUACCCCUGGAGGAAUCUAACCUACCUGGUGCGGCCCUGAAUUCUCCUCAGAAUCACCUCCCACCCUAGCAGGAAGUGCUGCUGAAGCACCCUCCCUCCUGGACUGUGUGAGGCACCCAGCUUUUCCUCCCUUCUGCUGUGUCAGUUGUGCCUUGUGUGUCGGAAAGUCCCUGAGACCAGCCUGAGGCGCUGUUUUUCUACCUCAUAGAAUAUUCUCCUGGAAUAUACUUUGUAGGGGAGUAACUAACAAAAUAGAGGGAUUCUUCUAAGUUUGUCAGUAGUGUGGCUUGAAUCAGAGCCCCUAGCUGGCAAGAUGCCAGUCCUUAGUUUGUUAUCCUAUGUCCUGAAAGCACGGGGAACUAACAGAAGCCAUUUUGGCCUUCUAAGUUGACUUAUUUGAAACCCACCCUUUAAUUAAGCUCCCAGUUCAGCUUGCAGGCCACUUUGCAUUUUCUCCAUAUUCGCUCAUUUACUCAGUGAUCAGGGUGAUAGUCCUCUGAAGCUGUCGUUGGCAGAGACUGAGGUUAUGGAAUACGCUUCCACGUCCAAGUCUUGAAAACUGGCUAAUCAUUGUUAGAGAAUCGUUCUUUGUGAAGCCAUUACUUUGAGGCCAAGCAGAACCAGGGAUUUACAACUGGGCCAGGGACAAGGUGCUACAGUCUCAGGCUCUGAAAGUGUCAGUCAUUUGUGUGUUCCAGGUGUACUUUUAUAAUUGUAUGUGAGAGAUAUGUACAUAUUUGUCUGCCUCCAGGAGAACUACUAUGUUCUCAAAAGAAAGAAAAAAGUGAGAAGGUAAACAACAGACUUUGGCGAAAAUCAGUAAGGGACAUGUGUCUAGCUCAAGUGAUCACUGUAGAAAUGUGAUUUCCCCUUGCCAGCCCAGAGCUUGUUUUCUGGAUGGUUGCUGAGACAGGAAUCAAAUGAGACCUUUGGAGUAAGGACCGAGUUGAUUCCCAUUGAAUUUUUCUGCAUAACAGACAGUGAAAUAUUUAUUUAUUCCCAUCUGCUGCCUACAAGAGAGUGGUCCAGAGAGCAUCCCGCAGCUACCUGAUGUUAUCUGCACUAUCCAUGUGAUGUCCCUCUCUGGCAGGAGACUUGGGAGGCUACAGAGCAGCUCUUCCUGCUCUCUCGUCUCCUGCGAGUCUUACCAUGGAGGCAACAGCCUGGAAGUCUUUAGUGAUUGCAACCCAGUGGUAAGCCUUACACCUUUGGUGGUUCCUGCCAUUACCCUGAUUGGAUAAUUAAGACCCAACUUUAAUAUUUUGUGGGUCAGGGUGAAUAUUCUAAUCCAGACCCUGCCCAUGAGCUUCCUUUGUAAAGGCUCUUUCUUCAGUCACCCAGCACUCAAGACAGAGCCACAGGGAUGCCCUCCUCCCUAUGGCUGUGAUGUCUGACUGGAUAAGGGCUCCAGCUAGGAGGGGAGAGAACCCUCAGUGCAGGCCUUCUCUCUCUGACCAUGAGUUCGGGGGCAUAAAAGUUCUAAACGAAUGUCACAUGUGAAGGGCUUUUGUUGUUUGUAUUUUUUUUAAUGUAAACUUGAUUAUUUUAUUGCUAAUUUAAAAAUAAAUGACUUUAUAUUGAUUGCAAAACACUUUGGUGAUUUGGUGCCACCAUGUGGUGACUUUUGGUGCCCCAGAAGAGACUGUCACUCAAUUGGAUCUAGUAGGAAGUAGGGGACCUGUUGGGAUGCUAUCCUGAAGGCAGAAAGGGCAAGCCACAGAUCCCUGUGGAUAUGAUUUUAAGUCUAACCUGGAAACAUUCCUGUGAACAGGCCAGAUCCAUCCAUUUUCCUUCUGGCGUUUCCUGUCUCCUCCUUCUCCUGUGUCUAGCUGUACCUGUCUCCUUUUGUAGUGUGUAUCUGCACAGUGAUGCUGUUUCUCAUGUCAUUCUCUCUCCUUAUGU